AUGUCUCAAAUGUUGUUCUUCUUCCUAUCAUCCUUGUUGAUUCUAGCAUCCCUCCAAAGAACACAUGCUGGUGUUCAAUAUGCAGUAAUGAAUAAGGCUGUGGGAACACCAGGUGGGGAUCGAUUUGCUAGAGAGAUCGAUACGCAACUAAGUAUAAGCACAAUGACAUCUGCGUCUGAAUUCAUCUGGAAAACGUUGCAGCAAUCGGAGGCGGAUAGAAAGAAUGUGGAGAAGGUGACCCUGAUUGUAGAGGUGAUGGACGUGGCAUUGGCCUAUGAAUUUAACAAUGAGAUUCAUUUGAGCGAAGACUUCAUUGCCAAGUAUGAGGGAGAUUUGAAGACGAUGUUCAUCGGGAUAAUCUACCAUGAGAUGACACACGUGUGGCAAUGGAAUGGCAAUGGACAAACCCCACCGGGUUUGGUUGAAGGAAUUGGAGAUUAUGUAAGGUUCGCAGCCGGGUAUGCUGCACCACAAUGGGCCAAACCAGGAGAUGGACAAAAGUGGGAUGAAGGCUACAGUGUGACAGCCCGCUUCUUGGAGUAUUGCAACACUCUCUCUAAUGGGUUUGUGGCCAAAUUGAAUGCUAUGAUGAAAACUAAUUACAGUGACCAUUUCUUCGUCGACCUCCUUGGCAAGACUGUAGACCAGCUAUGGAACGACUACAAGUCCAAGUACCAUGGUGCUCUCUAG